UUCCAAUCAAAAUAAAUUGUUGUGUCUGCAGAAAAUGGAUAGGACGAUUUUUUAAAAUUCUUAAGUGAUUUGAGACUCAUUUAAAUGCUAGAAAUGGGGUAGGAACAAUAUUAGGUAUGCUUUCAAAAGUAGCAAAAAUAAAAUUUACCAAUCAAACGAAUAGAAAUAUUCACUCCUGUAGUAACAACAAAUAUGGCCGCCCGAGAAAAGAAAUCAAAGCGGCUUGAGAUGGAAGAGUGGGCAGGAGUCAACAGAAAACUACGUCAACAUGGUUUGCCAUCUAUAUCUACGAUUCAUCAAUCGGAGGUGACGAGUACCUCAGAUGUUGUUGUAUUAGAGUCUGAUGUGGCAAAAAGUUUACGUCAGAGUGUGGUGUCUCUCAUGACAGACUGUGAUAGACGUCAAGAAUUGAUACAGGAACUUAUCUCAACCAAUAAUCAGCUAAAGGAAGAUCUAAGCAGACAGCAGAAUCUAACAGAGAAGUAUGAAACCAGGAUAAAAGAUCUCAAGAUUAUGCUGGAGGAUUCCAGAGCUAAGAUUUCUGAAUUACAGGAUGAUAAUUACACAACCAGUAACUAUCUCCAUGAUGAGGAAACCAAACUUAGGAACACAAAGAAUGCCAUAUCUGCCAAAUACAGGGAGCUCCAGAAUAGGUGUAAACAACAAGAUGAUGAGAUCUACAGGUUGAAAAAGAAAAUUGAUAGAAUGACUCAAGAGGAUGAGAAACGAAUGUUGCAUCAAAGUGAAGUAUACAAGGAGAUCAGGAAAAAGUCAAGUAGAGGACAACAAGCAAUGGAUGAAAAGUUAUUAGAUAUUAUAGACUCCUAUGAGAGGCAGAUUCAUGGCUUGAAGAAGGAACUUGAUAUACUGAGGUUUAAUGGUGAAGAUGAGAGGCCAAGACAUGAUACAUCAUUUGAUGAACCAUCUGAAAACUAUAAAACAUUAAUCAAGACUUAUGAAAAGCAGUUGAAGGAAUCCAAGAAGAAAAUAAAAAGUUUUGAAGAUCAAGUGGAAAUAUUGAAUCUAGAAUUGGGUUCCAGGCCCGAACUUAAAGACUUUAGAUCUGCCCAACACAGGAUAAAGAAAUUGGAAAAGAUACUUGCCAAACAUAAUAUCAGGUUAUCAGAUGAAAAGAACCAGGAGCAAGGUACAUUGAAAUACAGCACCCAAGUGGAUGAUAUAGAUUACUUGCCAUUAAACCAUUGCCGGAAAUAUUUGUCUAUGUUCUGUACAGAUGUCGGUGUAUUUGACUUGGACCAUGUGCAGCCAAAGCUACAGAAACAGGCCAAGGCUGUAGAGGCAUACCCAAGACUUGAACAGUUUGCUAGAGAGGUCCUUGAGGUGGUAGAUUCUUCUAAUGUACCCAUGCCUCCUGGUGUAAAAGCCAAGUCACAUAGGAGUUCACAUAAACAUGAAGUAUGGUGUGAAAAGAUGUGGCAUCAUGUCAUACCUACCCUUCAAUACUGGGUCCAGCAGCUAGCUGGUCUCAAGGAACUUCAGCAUUCUAUUAACAAAUUAAGCAGUAGCCUAUUACCUUGGAAGACCAGUAAAUUCCACUCCAACCCUACAGUCACACAGAUGGUGUCAUCAAUAGAUUCCUUACUUUAUGAAGAAGAGUCAAAAAGUCGUGAGAUCCCAUCACAGACAGUCCUACAAGGCAUAGUGGAGCACUUUCAGAAUUUAUUUGACGUCCCCAAGGUGUCAGGCAUCUAUCCACGUAUGAAUGAUAUUUACACACGGCUUGGUGAGAUGCAGAAUGUUAUCAAAACUCUCAGGAAUUUACUUGGUUUGCAUGAAGAAGCCAGGACAACUGCUAUAGUGGAUGCUGUUGGUAGGUUAUGUCAGAAUCAUAAUGCUACAACAACACAACAACUGAAACAACUGCUGCAAGUAGACGAAUUAGAUGGAGUGAUCAAGAAGCUUGAGGAACAUGAGUCAUUCUUUCCAGUCUUCCAAGACAUCAUCUCAAAGCUUAUGGAGAUAUUAGAUGUACAUAAAAUGGACCAAGUAAUACCUGCAGUGAGAGCUGUGAAACUGUUAGCCACAUAGCAUAUGAGAACAUUACAUCCACAAUUCACAAUGUCAACAAACUAACCAAUCGAGGAGUAAAAUGACAAUAUAGCCUACUGUAUCCUAG